AUGAAUAAGGACGUGUGUGGUAUGUUCUUUGCUGUAAGAGGUUGGUUUCCCGAUGGAUUGAAUAAUGGAGAUUAUCAAUUUAAUGAUAAUAAUCAAUACAAAAUGGAUCGUAAUAAAGAGGAAUAUACUGAUAUCGAUAAAAUUAACGGUUUUUGUUUAUGGUUGUUUAAAGCAAUUUUUGGAGAUUCUGUUUCGUUCAAUAAUUAUGCAAACAGUAAUAUCAAUAUUGUUGGAUACAUUUUGGCGUGGUUAAGUUAUAAGUUACAUCAAAAGUCACAUGAUGGAAUCAAGAAUCUAAAUGAUUUUUAUAUUAAACAUAUAAAGGAUAAUACACAUUAUAAAACGCGCAUAGAUAAUGUUACUGAUUAUACAAAUUAUAUUGAGCUUAUAAAUAAAAAUAAGGAUUUGCUGAAUAUUAAUUUUGAAGACAUGUCUAAAUUUUAUGAAGCAUUUAUAUUAUUAUGUGACAUGUAUGAUGGACUUGAUGACGUCAAUCCAAAAUGCGAGAAAUAUUUGGAAUGUGAUAAUGAAUUUUUAAAAAAAUAUGAAGAACUUAAGAAAUAUUCUAGUACUUCUGGAAGCAAUUCAUAUAUUCAAAUGUUGUCUAUUUUAUCAAAUUCUUAUGAUAAUUUAAAAAGUAAAUGUAAUAAUUUUUCAUCCCUUCUAACUUAUUCACUAAUUUCAAUUGCAUUUAUAUUUGUUGCAAUACCAAUUUUUUUGGGAAUUUCUUAUAAGUAUUCGUUAUUUGGAUUUCGGAAACGAGCUCAAAAACAAUAUUUAAGAGAAAAAAUAAAAAAUAUAAAGAAGAAACUGAUCAUUAAUAUAUAA